CGCGGACUGAGCUGUUGUUGUGUGUUAAGUCGUCUUGUUGUAUGCCGCCGCAUUGAGCAGCUGUCAAAGACACAAAAUUAAAGUCAUGGCUCCGGUAUCAAACACAGACAAAGACAUGGACGGACCGGACGCCGAUGAUGGAGGUGAUACCUGUGGUUUGGCCAAGUCUCGCUCCAGACGUGAGAAGAGGGAAAAGGUGGGGAGGAAGUCAGCACUGGAGCAGCUCAAGAAAGCCAAGAAGGGAGAGAAAAUCAAAUAUGAAGUGGAGGAGGUUACCAGUGUAUAUGAAGAAGUGGAUGAAGAAGCAUACUCGAAGAUGGUACGAGACAGACAAGAGGACGACUGGAUUAUUGAUGACGAUGGGACAGGAUACGUCGAGGAUGGAAGAGAAAUCUUUGAUGAUGACUUGAAUGAAGAUAUAGUGGAAACCAACAAAGGAAAAGGAGGAGCUAAAGGAGCAGACUCAAAGAAAAAUAUGAAGAAACCUGUAGUAUCUAAACCAAACACCAUCAAAAACCUCUUCAUGAACAGCAAUGUCAAGAAGCCAGUUGAGAAAGAUGUGGACCUGUCUAAAGAUGACCUAUUAGGAGAUCUCUUGCAGGACCUGCACUCUGAGAAAUCAACUCUCCUGACUCCCCCACCCGUGGUCACUUUGAAGAAAAAGAAGUCCCUCGGGUCACCCAUGAAUCCCUUCUCCAUUAAAACUCCAAAGGAGCCGCCGUCAGCUACUGGGGUGAAGGCUAAAGUAAUCCGACCCCCUCCAUCUGACCCGACCCCCAGGCCGUCAGCCCGUCCCCCUCCCUCUGCACCUGCUCUUCCUGUGGAAAAGGAAAAAGCAAAAGUUGAGGAAGUUGAUGAAGCGGAAGUGAAUGAUGCCAUGGCUUUGGAUGGUGUGGACUUUGAUGAGCCGAUGGAUGUGGAGUUCAAUGAUGAGAAGCAUGUUGUUAAAGAGGACACUGAGCCUGAACCAAAAACAGUGGCACCAGCAUCAAUUAAAGCAGAGCCUCAGGACCCUGUUCUUUUGCCCAACAGGUUGGGUGGAUCCUGGGGACAAGAGGACGAAAGCACAGUCAGUGUGGCUCCAGCAGAGGUACAGGUCGACUCCAGCCGACUCCCACUGGUGGAGGGGGCCGAUGGAGAACAGGUUUUUAGAUUCUACUGGCUGGAUGCUUUUGAGGAGCCGUACAGCCAACCAGGUGUGGUUUACCUGUUUGGGAAGGUGUGGAUAGAGUCUGCCACGUCUCACGUCAGCUGCUGUGUUACCGUCAAAAACAUUGAGCGGACCAUGUACCUCCUCCCUCGUGAAUUUAGAGUGAAUCCUAAAACUGGAGAGGCAUCAGAUACCCCCGUAGGAAUGAUGGAUGUCUACCAGGAGUUCAAUGAGCUCUCUGAGAAGUUCAAGAUCAUGAAGUUUAAGUCCAAGAAAGUGGAGAAGAAUUACGCUUUUGAAAUUCCCGAUGUUCCCACUCAGUCUGAGUACCUGGAAGUCAGAUACUCAGCUGAGUUCCCUGCACUGCCUUCAGACCUGAAGGGGGCGACAUUUUCUCACGUAUUUGGAACGAACACUUCAAGUCUGGAGCACUUCCUUCUCAGUAGAAAGAUUAAAGGACCAUGCUGGCUGGACAUCAAGACACCACAGCUGAUGACUCAGCCUGUCAGCUGGUCUAAAGUGGAGGCUCUGGCCCUGAGGAGUGAUCUGAUCACUGUGGUUAAAGACUUGGCACCCCCACCUGUCACUGUCAUGUCCAUCAGCCUCAAGACAGUCCAGAACCCCAAGACACAUCAGAAUGAGAUUGUGUCACUGGCUGCUCUUGUCCACUAUCAGUUUCAUAUGGAUAAAGCUCCACCCCAGCCUCCCUACCAGACACAUUUCUGUGUGGUCAGUAAACCCACUGACUGUAUCUUCCCCUAUGACUUCAAGGAGGCUGUAAGGAAAAAAAACGGAAAGGUGGAAAUAGCUUCUACAGAGCGGACUCUGCUUGGUUUUUUCCUGGCCAAAAUGCACAAGAUUGACCCAGAUGUGCUGGUGGGUCAUGACAUAUUUGGCUUUGACCUGGAAGUGCUUCUGCAGAGGAUUAAUGUGUGCAAGGUUCCUCAUUGGUCAAAGAUCGGACGCCUCCGGAGGGCCAACAUGCCCAAAUUAGGGGGUCGUAGUGCUUUUGCAGAGAAGAGCGCCACCUGUGGUCGCCUGGUGUGUGAUGUGGAGAUCUCAGCCAAGGAACUGAUUCGCUGUAAAAGUUACCAUCUGACAGAACUGGUUGCACAAGUGCUGAAGAUGGAGAGAGUUACUGUCCCUCAGGAAAACAUCAAGAACCUUUACAGUGACUCUCCCCACCUGCUCUACCUGUUGGAGCUGACAUGGACCGAUGCUAAGCUGAUCCUCCAGAUCAUGUGUGAGCUCAACGUCCUUCCACUGGCCCUGCAGAUCACCAACAUCGCCGGAAAUGUCAUGUCUCGAACUCUGAUGGGAGGUCGCGCUGAGAGGAACGAGUUUCUGCUGCUUCAUGCCUUCCACGAGAAGAGCUACAUCGUCCCCGACAAACCCUCCUUCAAAAAGACCCAGCUGGAGAUGGCUGAAGGAGAAGAAGAAGUAGAUGCAGGAAAAGGAAAGAGAAAGAAGAAGGCUGCCUAUGCUGGGGGUCUGGUUCUGGAUCCUAAAGUUGGUUUCUAUGACAAGUUUGUGCUGUUGCUCGACUUCAACAGCCUGUACCCGUCAAUCAUCCAGGAGUUCAACAUCUGCUUCACCACAGUGCAGAGAGAAGCUCACAACGCUCAGAAGAAAAAUAUGCAGGAGGAUGAGCUGGAGGAGAUCCCUGAGAUUCCUGAUCCCAGCCUGGAAAUGGGAAUUCUGCCCAAGGAAAUCCGGAAGUUAGUGGAGAGGCGUAAACAGGUCAAGCAGCUGAUGAAACAACAAGACCUUAACCCAGACCUCUAUCUGCAGUACGACAUCCGUCAGAAGGCCCUAAAGCUGACGGCUAACAGUAUGUAUGGCUGCCUGGGAUUCAGCUACAGCCGCUUCUACGCCAAGCCUCUCGCCGCUUUGGUCACACACAAGGGUAGAGAGAUUCUGAUGCACACCAAAGAUAUGGUUCAGAAGAUGAAUCUGGAGGUCAUCUACGGAGAUACCGACUCUAUUAUGAUCAAUACCAACAGCAAGUCUCUGGAGGAGGUCUUCAAGCUUGGAAACAAAGUGAAGGCAGAGGUAAACAAGCUGUAUAAAUUACUGGAGAUCGACAUUGAUGGCGUGUUUAAGUCACUUCUGUUGCUGAAGAAAAAGAAAUAUGCAGCCCUGGUGGUGGAGCAGCAGAGCGAAGGACGCUACACCCUCAAGCAGGAGCUCAAAGGCUUGGACAUUGUCCGCAGAGACUGGUGUGACCUGGCCAAGGAAUGUGGCAACUAUGUGAUUGGUCAGAUUUUAUCAGACCAGAGCCGAGACGUUAUUGUGGAGAACAUCCAGAAACACCUGGUAGAGGUGGGAGAGAAAGUUGCAGGUGGAGCCAUUCCACUCAACCAGUAUGAGAUACACAAGGCGCUGACUAAAGAUCCACAGGACUAUCCAGACAAGAAGAGCCUCCCUCAUGUCCACGUGGCUCUGUGGAUCAACUCACAGGGGGGUCGCCGGGUCAAAGCGGGGGACACCAUCUCUUACAUUAUCUGCAAGGAUGGCUCUACGCUCGCCGCCAGUCAGAGGGCCUACGCUCUAGAGCAGCUUCAGAAGCAGGAUGGCCUCAGCUUGGACACUCAAUACUACCUGGCCCAACAGAUCCACCCUGUGGUGUCCCGUAUCUGUGACCCCAUCGAAGGCAUUGACGGCGUUCUCAUAGCUACGUGGCUGGGUCUGGACCCCAGUCAGUUCCGAGCUCAGCAACAGUACCAGAGAGAGGAGGAGGCAGACGGCAUGCUGGGAGCUCCGGUCCAGUUAACUGACGAGGAGCGCUACAAAGACUGUGAGAGGUUCACUUUCACCUGCCCUCAGUGUGGCACCGAAAACAUCUACGACAACGUCUUUGAAGGAGCUGGACAGAAGUUGGAGCCCAGUUUGAUGCGAUGCUGUCACAUCCCCUGUGGAAGCCGUCCAAUUGACUAUGCUGUGAAAAUCAGCAACAAACUGCUGCUUGACAUCCGUCGCCACGUCAAAAAAUACUACUCAGGCUGGUUGGUGUGUGAGGACCAGGCUUGUCAGAACAGGACCAGACGUCUGCCCAUCGCCUUCUCCCGUCACGGACCCAUCUGCCCCGCCUGCACCAGGGCGACUCUCAGACCUGAGUACUCUGAGAAGGCCUUGUACAACCAGCUGUGCUUCUACAGAUUCAUCUUCGACUGGGACUAUGCAGUCGCCAAAGUACUACCAGCUGAUGAAAGAGGUCAUGCCAACAGAUUCAGAGAGGAGAAGGAGGUGUAUCGGAGGCUGAAGCAAGUACCAGACAAAGCCCUGGCCACCAGCGGCUACUCUGAGAUAAACCUGGCCAAACUCUUCCAGGCCUUCUCAUCCCUCAAGUAAAACAACACACAUCUUUAAAAACAACACCGUGAAGAAGUGUCCGCCAUCCACCUGCACGCGUUCGACCACAUCAGGCGGUUUAUGACUCAGAUCGGUCAUCAUAAAUUCACCCCGCCACCCCGUAUCAGCUGCCCUGAACAUAAUGGGCAGGUUAUAAGGCUUAAAGACCAAUCGCACUCGUCCAGCUUUUCACCAGACACUGUCUAAGCACACACACACAAACCUGUGAACUGACCCCAUCGCCCUGACUCUGUAUGGUAAAGGGGAGUAGCAAUCAUACCUAAAUGACAGUCUAUUGUGUGUGCGGAGACUAGCUGUGCCCAGAUGUGUGUACGUGUAAAAAUGACUUAUCCUCAGAGCAGCCGGUAUACUCCAAAAGCCGCUAAUUAGCCAAUGAUAGUGACCCCAGGCCACUAAGACCACUGAAUGCCCGCGGCGAUCGGACACUUGUUCUGAUUACCACCAUUCAUCCCGAGUGUGUGGCUGUGUGCGAGGGCCUGUGUGUGUCUGCGUAUCACAACGCAGGAUGAAAGAGAGAGGUAAGGAGGAUGCAGGGAGCGAUGGGGUGAGGGAGGCCACACACACCGCUCCCUCGCUCUUUUGUCUCCAUAUCGAACAGCUGAUCUCCUUCGCCUCCACUUCCACUGUUUAACCGAUGCCAUUUCAUCGCUUUCAUCAUUUUUUUUUUCAGUGCUCGGCCUGUUUUAACACAUGUAAUUUUCCAUGUAUCUAACGUUUGUUGCUCAAGAGGGUUUUGUAAUGAUUUUUUUUUGUAAUGGGUAGAAUAAAUCAUAUUGAGUAUUUUGGUAUUGAUGACAAUGUUUUUGAUACUUAAACCUUAAUAAAAAAGCUAAAUGUG